UAGAACGAAAACAAAACUCUGUUGAACGAAACGUGAUAGAUUUAUUCAAAAAGUUUUAUUAAAUCCUGUGUCAAGGAUGUUCCUGAAGAAAAUUCUGCAAAUCGGCCGUAUACCGGUGGUUAAUUAUGUAACAAAGAACCAAAUUCAAACAAGCACCGCUUGCUUCGAAAUCCGGAAGCUGGCCCGGCUCCGUGUGGUAGACAACAGUGAAAUCGGUAAACGGGCCAUGGCUGAAGGAAAGCCUCCCAAGUGCAUUCAUGUAUACAACAAACAGAUGGUAGCCAAAGUCGGAGAUAAGGUGCUGGUGGCAAUCAAAGGACAGAAGAAAAAGGCCAUCCUCGUUGGAUGCCGACAGAAACAACAACCCAAGAUUCCUAAGUUCGACAGCAAUAACAUAGUGCUGAUUGAUGACAAUGGUACACCUCUAGGAACAAGGAUUCACGUUCCUAUUCCGACAAUUCUGAGAACCAUCCUAAAGGAGAAAACGCAAGCAAAAGGAGCGGACUAUACAAAACUGCUCGGAAUUGCCAGUAGAUUUGUUUAGAAGUGGAUGAAAUGAACAUAAAUAAGUUAGAGUGAUAA